AUGGCACUGUCUAACGAGCAACUGUCUUACACAAACAACGAUGAGCUUAGAGGUUUAGAAAAAGUACUCAAGGUUGGCGAAAGGCUUGUUCUGAAGUGCUCAAAUGUUCGUCUGUGGGAUCUCUACAGAAAGUACAAAUAUGCCACAAAACUUCUUGCCUGGGAAGAAGAACUUGAAAGACAACUGCAACUGGGGAAGAAAACCGCGGUGGUAGUAGAGAACAUAGAGGUUUCUGUAGGGAGUGUGAAGGAGGGGAUCAACCAAAUGUCUAGUACUCUGGGGGAGGUGAACCAACUCAUGAAAGUGAAUUUUGUGGUACAAGACCAGCCUGCUGAGAGUAGAGCUUGGUGCGCAGUACCUGAACUUCCAGAGGUUAUAGUUGGACUGGAAGCUCCUUUGAAGGAUUUGAAGACAAAGCUUCUUGGGAAUGAUGGAUUCUCAAUGCUUGUGCUCACUGCUCCCGGAGGAUGUGGGAAAACUACCUUGGCAACCAACUUUUGCAAAGAUCAGGAAGUCAGAGAUAAAUUAGGCAAAAAUAUCUUCUUUGUCACUGUUUCGAAGAAGUACAGUUUUAGCUUUAUUGUAGAACAACUAUAUCGACACAACGGUUCACAAGUUCCUACUUUCCAAAACGAAGUGAUUGCAGUUCAGUGGCUUCAAGCAUUUUUAAAGGAAGUAGGAAAGAAACCUUUACUGUUUGUCCUGCAUGGUGUUUGGUCCGGAUCAGAAUCUCUUUUUGAUAAAUUUGAAUGCAGAAUGGCAAAUAUUAGGAUUCUUGUGACAUCAAGAUCUGAAUUUCGAGCAUUCAGUCCGCCAUAUCAUUUAGAAAUGCUGGGUUAUGAUGAUGCAAUGAAACUUUUUCAUCAUUCAGCGUCCUUGGGAGAUAAGAGCUCUCAUAUUCCACCACAUCUUUCAAGAAAGAUAGUAAAUCAUUGUAAGGGAUUUCCACUAGCCAUUAAAGUGGUAGGGAGAUCGCUUUGUGCACAACCUAUAGAGAUGUGGCAAAACAGACUAAAUCAAUGGUCUAAAGGUUCUUCUAUUUUGGAUUUUGAGACUGAUUUACUUCUUUCCCUCCAAAGCAGCUUGGAUGCUUUGGAUAAGGAAAAGGCUAUCAUCAAAGAGUGUUUCUUGGACCUUGGUUCAUUUCCUGAAGACAAAAAUGUCCCGGUUAAUGCCCUCAUUGAUAUAUGGUCCGAGUUAUAUGAUAUAGAUGAAGACACUUCCUGCAUUUCAAGCCUCUAUGAACUCAGCAAUCGGAGUCUGGCUAAUCUUAUUGACAAGAGGUAA